CAGCCUUCGCCCUCGCCAGGCGCACUCCCACCCGGGCCAUUGCUGCUCGUCCCUUCUCCUCCACCGUCACUCGCUUCGACCAGGCCAAGAAGUGGCAGGUCAGCAAGGAGGGCAAGAUCCUGUCUUUCGAGGGUAGGUACCCGCACAUCCUCUUGUCGCGCAGACGUCAAUUGUUCGAGCCUGCUUGACUUGCACCGUCUUCACCAUGCUUCUUCCGCGAGCGGCAGCUGCCAUUGAGGGAGUGGAUGGCAGGUGUUGAGCUUCCGCGGUGCAGACAUUUGGAUCAUACGGAUCGUAUGAUGUUUCCCUGGAUACGAUGCUAAUUGUGCGCUUUUCCUGUCCCACAGAGAUCAAGACCGAGGAAGACCUUGUCCCCCCUGGUGCCAAGCCUGGUACCAUUCCCACCGACAUCGAGCAUGCCACCGGUCUCGAGCGUCUCGAACUUACCGGAAAGAUGCAGGGCAUCGACAUCUUCGACAUGAGACCUCUGGAUGCCUCCCGCAAGGGAACUCUUGAGAACCCCAUCAUCGUCAACGGUGCCGGUGAUGAGCAGUACGCUGGUUGCACUGGUUUCCCCGCCGACUCUCACCAGGUCAACUGGCUCACCGUCUCCCGUGACCGCCCUAUCGAGCGCUGCGGCGAGUGCGGCAACGUCGUCAAGCUGAACUACGUCGGCCCUGAGGAGGACCCCCACGCCCACGACCACCACGGCCACGACCACCACGGCCACCCUCCCUACGAGGAGCCCAAGACCUUCGCCGACUACGUCAAGCCUGAGUACUGGUACCGGUAAAUAUUUGACACUUCCAUAUUGGAGCGAUUGUCUUUUAUCUUGAUCCAUUCCCCGGUAACGUGGGAUGGGUUCUUUGCAAAUGGAUUCGAUAAAAGGACAACUGUACGUGUACAAAGACAGGGCAGGGACGGAAAGGAAGAGCGGAUCUGAGAGAGGAGAGAGCUCAAAAGGGUCGUUCGGGAAAGACGAGAGAGAUGUCAUCAGGAAAUUGUCCGGAUGGAGCUAGCAAUUGGUCUUCUGUUUUCUUUAAUUAUUUUUUGAGGAAUGCUGUGUAUGAGAAAACCGUGUGGCUUUUUUUAGUUUUCCUACGUUUUUCUCCGACGUACUCUUCAGAUGUCUUGUUCUCUCUCUCUCCCCUCUCGUUCUUGAAUCUCCCGUCCCGACCUGUCUACCUCUGUAUGUUGUAUGUUUCUGGUUUGACCCCUGGUGC